AUGUCCCUCCACACGCACACUCAUCAGAAUGUUAAUUUAUUUUGCUUCCUGUUUGCUGUGUCCGUUUCUCAGACAGUAGAAGGGGCGAGUGGUAGGGAUGUGAGGUCCGACAAGAAGGCAGGGUGGACAGGGAGACUCCUCCUGGGCAGCCACUUCCCCUCCUCCCUCCUCCCGGUCCGUUUCCAAACACGCGGCCUCCACGUGGGUGCUAGGGGCAUGGGAAAACCACUGCUGUGCCCGUUACCUCCGCUCCCUUCCUGCUCAGCCCAGGUGUCGCGGCUGAUGCUGUCUUCUGGUGUCAUGUGA